AAUGUCAUGUUUUUCUUCUCUUCUUGUUCUACUGUGUCUCUACAACCUCUCUUUCUUAGAAGCUCUAAAUGGUGGAUUCAGUGUGGAGAUAAUCCACCGUGAUUCACCAAAAUCACCGUUCUAUAGUUCCUCAGAAACAAAAUUCCAAAGGGUUUCCAAUGCUCUGCGUCGUUCCAUAAACCGUGGCAACCAUUUCAGCAAAUCCAUGGUGUUUCCAAACACAGUAAGUGCAACUGUGAUACCAGAUUUUGGUGAAUAUUUGAUGAUGUAUGCAGUUGGAACUCCACUGCGUAAUGUGUUUGGAGUUCUUGAUACAGGCAGUGACAUCAUUUGGUUGCAAUGCGUACCAUGUAGAAAUUGUUUCAUACAAGUCACACCUUUGUUUAAUCCUUCAAAAUCCACAACAUACAAAACCAUCCCUUGCAAAUCUACCUUAUGUCAUUCUGUGCUAGGUACCUCUUGCUCUUCUAGCAUCACCAAAAACUGUAAAUAUGAUAUCAGCUAUGGUGAUGGUUCAUUCUCACAGGGAGAUUUGAGUGUGGAGACCCUCACUUUAGGUUCCACCAAUGGAUCUUCCAUCCCACUUCCAAGAACUGCAAUAGGGUGUGGUCAUAACAAUAGCAUCAACUUCAAAGGGAUAAAUUCUGGCAUAGUUGGCCUAGGACGUGGACCUGUGUCGCUUAUAAAUCAAUUGGGUUCUUCAGCAGGUUGGAAGUUUUCUUAUUGUUUGGUCCCAGAAACUCCGAAUUCCAAAGCAAGUAGCAGACUCCAUUUUGGAGAUGCUGCUGUGGUUCUAGGACCUGGAACUGUCUCAACCCCAUUGUUUUCUAAACCUCAACAAGUAUUUUACUACCUAACCCUAAAAGGGUUCAGUGUGGGAAACAAUAGAAGAGAAUUUGGAAGCUCUUUGUCUAGAUUUGGAGGAGAGGGAAAUAUCGUAAUUGACUCAGGUACAACACUGACUCUUUUGCCAGAUGAUGUUUACAUAUGGUUGGAAUCAGCAGUGUCUCAUGCAGUUAAACUUAAUCCUGUUCAGGAUCCAAAUCAGGUGUUGGGACUCUGCUAUAGAGGUACAUUGGAUAAACUAGAUUUUCCAGUGAUCACAGCACACUUUAGAGGGGCUAAUGUGUUGCUGCAUCCUAUUAACACCUUUGUUGAAGUGGCUGAUAAGGUUCUGUGCUUGGCUUUUCAGCCAACUCAAAACGGUGCUGUCUUUGGAAACUUGGCUCAGCAAAACCUUUUUGUUGGCUAUGAUCUGAAAAAAAAUACAGUGUCCUUUAAGCAAACAGAUUGCACUAAGAUGUGA